GGGUGCGCUCGCCCACCUAAUCCUAAAUCCAAACAAAUCCGGCUCCUCUCAAAUCCCCGGUUCUCCAUCCGUCCAUCCCUCCCCCCCCCCCCCCCCUCCUCUCCCCCGUCUUCCUUACCGAGCGAUCCCCGCAGCGAGCUAAACCCUAGAUCCUCCGCCCAACCGCUAAAACCCUAGCAGGCCAAGCUCCUGCGUCUGGGGGAAGGAUGGCCGAGCCCUCCAGGGUGAUCCACAUCCGGAACGUCGGGCAUGAGAUCUCCGAGACCGACCUGCUCCAGGUGGUGCAGCCGUUUGGCGCGGUCGCCAAGCUCGUCAUGCUGCGCACCAAGAACCAGGCCCUUGUCCAGAUGGAGGACCUGUCUGCUUCAAUUAGCGCCAUCCAAUACUACACUACGAUUCAACCUAGCGUGAGGGGAAGAAACGUAUACUUGCAGUACUCAUCUCACCAGGAACUGACUACUGAUCAGAGCUCUCAUGGACGGAAUCCUGAUCAGGAUGAACCCAACCGAAUUCUCUUAGUUACCGUUCAUCAUAUGCUCUAUCCUAUGACCGUCGAGGUGCUUCAUCAAGUGUUUUCUCCUUAUGGAUUUGUGGAGAAGAUUGUCACAUUUCAAAAGACUGCUGGUUUUCAAGCCCUUAUACAGUUUCAGUCACGCCAGAGUGCAAUACAAGCAGCUGGUGCUUUGCAUGGACGGAACAUUUAUGAUGGUUGCUGCCAGCUAGAUAUUCAGUACUCGAAUCUCAGCGAGUUGCAAGUUCACUACAACAAUGAUAGAUCUAGAGAUUUCACAAAUCCAUCUUUGCCCACAGAGCAACGCCCAAGAUCCUCUCAGCUUGGUUAUAAUGAUCCUAGCCUUUUUGGUUUCCAACAGCCUGGAGCUGCAUAUGGACAGGCUGCAGUGAUUGCUGCUGCAUUUGGCGGAACAUUGCCUCCUGGAGUGACUGGUACCAAUGAUCGCUGCACACUUAUAGUUAGCAACUUGAACAGUGAUAAAAUCGAUGCGGAUAAGCUCUUCAAUCUAUUUUCUAUUUAUGGAAAUAUAGUGAGAAUCAAGGUACUCCGCAACAAACCAGACCAUGCCCUUGUCCAGAUGGCUGAUGGGCUUCAGGCUGAGCUUGCUAUACACUACUUAAAGGGAGCAAUGUUACUUGGACAGAAACUGGAAGUGAACUUCUCUAAGUACCCAAGUAUUACGCCCGCUCCUGAUGCACAUGACUACUCAACCUCCAAUCUUAACCGGUUCAACAGUAAUGUGGCGAAGAACUACCGCCAUUGCUGUGCUCCGACCAAGAUCAUCCACAUCUCAGCGCUUUCACCAGAGAUAUCCGAGGAUGCGAUCCUUGAACACCUUGGUGAGCAUGGCACCAUCGUCAAGUCAAAGCUGUUUGAGGCGAGUGGCAAGACGCAGGCUCUCGUGCAGUUUGAGAGCGAGGAAGAGGCGACCGAAGCGCUGGUCUGUAAGCAUGCGAGCAAGCUGGAGGGAUCCACUAUUAGGAUUUCUUUCUCCCAGAUGCAGAACAUAUAGCAGUUCUUCCUGGAAAAAUUGUGAUGGCCCCUCUUUGUUUCUAAACUUUUCAAGUUUGUUAUGUGGACUUGUCUUUGUUUGCGCCAUGACCAAGGAUUGUUGCCUGUAUCUUGUGUGAUGGUUGUAAACUGCUGCCAGCUCAUCUGUAUCAUUUUAGCCUGCUAUGGUUUGCUUC